AUAUGGAGUCUGGAGAGCGGCUGGCCUCCCCAUCGUCAGCCCCGUCCUCCCUGCACAUCGCCUCCUCCACUGUCUCUUCUGUCGGCUCCUCACCUGCCCCUGCCUCGGCCAAGACAUCCUCCUCCAAGUGCAGCCUCACCCCCAGCCGUGCCGUCCUGGGCUCCCCUCUCACCACCUGUGGUACGUACACACACUCUCUCUGUCGUGCACACACACACACACACACACACACACACACACACACUGAUGCACAGAUUAAUCACGUUACAUGCAAACACAUGGGCUGUAUUCACCUUUAACACAUCAUAUUUCAUUAUUCUCCAACUUCAAAUUAAACAAGAAAAGAGCAUUCCUGAGUGUUAAUUAUGAGGGUUCAUUAAGAUAAAGAAAGCACCGUCUUCUCACACUUCAUUUUCUGAUAGUUUGUGUAGAAAUUAAAAUGCUUUUGCAUUAAUGGAUGCCAACAAUAAAAAAUCCUCUCUGUGUAAGACGUCGCGCACCCGCUCGGAUGUUUCUUGACAACCUUUAGCACCAGUUUAGCCCGUUGUGAUUUGACGGGUCUGUCAGCCAAAUAGAGACUGCUGUGGCCGCUGCUGCCUCGAAUAUCCUCUGUUUUCUCUGAAUACUAAUUGUGGUCAAAGCCAUAAUGUGGCGAGAAGCGAUGAUGCAUAAACUGUCAGAUUACCCUGACCAGAAAAUAACAUGCAAAUUUAUCAUCUGUGAUUUUUCUCCCUCUUCUUUCAUAAUUAAAAAAGAAAUACAUUUUUUUUUUUUCAUGCUGUUACAAUGAAGAAGCCAUUAGACAUUUUGCUCAUACAUUAUACAUUUCUAUCCCCCUACACACCAACCAAACGUGCUCAGAGAUUUCUCUAGAUAAGCUAUUUUGGACAGAGAGCUGGAAUUUAAAUGCAGAAAGCACAGCACCUCUGAAGUCACGUUGCGGUUAUGAGAAUAAAGCAAAUUUUAAGAGAUUUCUCAUCCCCCCCGGUGGAAAGCAAAGUAAAGAUAUUACAUCUCCUGUGUUAGUUACUCUCUUUCUAAGUGAUUUAAUUACACAUGCAUGCUAUACUUAUGGUUAUUAAUUCAUGAAUUUACACUUGUCUCACGCAUUACUUUUCAUGUUUGCAAAUGCAUUUUAUAAUGCAAUUUUCAGAUACUAAUUCUCAAUCGGCUUUGGAUAUUACUAACCUUUUUAGGUUGAAAUGGGGGAAAUAAGUUUAAUUUCACAGUGCUUUGAAUCGAUAAUGGAUUGAAAAAUUGUCUUUAAGCUGAUACAAUGUUCAACCGAAAGGGCUUGAUUGAAAUCUGAAAUAGAAAGUGCUCCUUUAUCUGGAAGUGAAAUGGAUGAUAAGACGAGGAGUAAUUGAUGCAGUCCUUUUGCUGUCACAGAUGCAAUGAAAAAGUAUACGUUGGUUGAUUUGAACUGACGAGCGUGAAACUCACUUCAUAUUUUAUUUUCAUGGCAAAGUUGUGUAGGCCUAACUAACUUAUCUCCACAUAAUUUAGACCUACAUCAGUUUCUAUCUAACAAUACCAAUACCAAGAUGUCAGGGAAUUAUAAGAAUUACAUGCAGAUAAUCUAGACCUGACAUUGGCCUUUAUAGUUACCAUUUAUCCCAUAACACUUAUUUGCAUUCUUGUAUAAAAAGUGUUUAGUGUGUGUGUGAGUGUGAAUGUUGUUUUGAAAAUGGGAAAGCUGAAAUCACAUGCUGUAAAUUGUAAGCAAGCUGCUUGGAAGAGCUAGUGCACAGGGUGGGUUUAUAGACCAGUCACAAACCCAGACCAUAAAUCCUUCAAUAUAGAUUGAAGGAGAAUGCAUAAAGUGAGAUGGGGAAUCAGUAAUGGAUCAUUACAGAGACCUCCACUUUAUAUCCUGGUAAGAUUUUUACAGCAAUAUCUUUUUGGUCAUUUAAUAUGAAUUCCCAAGUUCAAGAACAUUGGGAAACGGCAGCACUCCACAAUGUUUUUGGGCAAUUUCAAGCAAGUAUUGCAAAGCAGCCAUGGAAUUAGCCAUGGAAUUAGGCCAACUAUAUUUGACUAUAAAAAAUUUAGCCUUAUAAACUUAAUCAAUUUGCCAUUGUACCAAGUGAAAAUAAACAAACUAAUCACUCCAGAUUUUUCUUUUAAUUAUUAUAAAUUGACUUGAAAUUCAAUUUUAGGACGUAAGUUGACAGUUUUAUUUCUUUGGGGGAUUUAGUAAUGUUAUGAGGAAAUGUGUUCAGUCAUCUUUUUUAAUUAUGCCAAUCACCUGGCUGGCACAUGGUACUGCCUGUUAGAACAGCAGGUACAAGCUUCUCUGCACGUCUGUACUGCUAAUUGAGUUUCCAUUAAAUAUGGUCCUUCAGUACUCUAGUCUAUCUGACUGUGAGAGAGGACAACAUGCAGGGUUCCUUGCCAACAUAGACAUAGACUGUUGUGAAUAUUAAAGUAAUUAAAUAGUUGUAUUUAUCUAGGAAAGUCCACUCAAUAAUCUCUUGUGGACAGACUACCUAAACAUAACUAGUACUGUAGAUCUGUCGGCAUGCUAUAGGAUGCGUGAGGUAACGAGCAGCAUUAGUUCCGGGUCAUGAGUUUUUGUCACUGGUUAGUUGGACUUAUCAGUAUUAGGCGAAGGUGUUGCUUAAACUGCUUCGCUUCGACAGAUGAGGCAAGCCAAAUUGAACUAUGCAUGAGCGCACCAGCUGUUCCGGACUACUGUGAGAUCGCGCUCUCCGUAGCCAAUGUGAGUCCCCUCCUGUACUCCCUGUUCACCAACAACUGAGUGGCCGCGCACGACUCCAACACCAUCAUUAAGUUUGCAGACGACACGAUGGUGGUAGGCCUGAUCACCGACGCGAUGAGAGAGCCUACAGAGAGGUCGUCAGAGACCUGGCAGUGAGGUGCCAGGACAAAAACCUCUCCCUCAACGUCAGCAAGACAAAGGAGCUGAUCGUGGACUACAGGAAAGGGUGUGCCGAGCACACCCCCAUCCACAUCGACCGGGCUGCUGUGGAACUAGUCGAGAGCUUCAAGUUCCUUGGUGUCCACAUCACUAAGGAACUAUCAUGGUCCACACAUCAACACAGUCGUGAAGGGGGCACGACAACGCCUCUUCCCCCUCAAGAGGCUGAAAAUAUUUGGCAUGGGCCCUCAGAUCCUCAAAAAGUUAUACAGCUGCACCAUUGAGAGCAUAUUGACUGGCUGCAUCACCACUGGGUAUGGCAACAGGACCCUAAACAGCUUCUACCCCCAAGUUAUAAGACUGCUUUGGCUAGCAGUUUCCUUUUGCAAGGGUGGAUGCCUUGGCAAACCGGGAAUCUCAAUUUCUAACACACCUCCCCCCAAACCUAAUCGAGCAGUUGACGAAAUUAUGCAAGGUUUAGUUCUGGGUUAACCGAGAUUUCCCACUAAGUAACAAUUUACACUAAUUUCCCAGGAGUCCUGGGAAGUAGUGAUCGGAGAGAAACAAUGUGGUGUCCAAAUACCCAUACUAGCUACUGCAUACUCAUUUCGGCAUUUGAGCUACUAGAAUUCACUUGUCUUUUCCAACUCGUGUUUGACAACAGCUGAUAAUCAAAUUGACGUGCUGUACCAAAAUGAAUGAAUGGCGGGGGUCAACGCAAUUGCGCAUCAGAUGCAUUCGGAGUACUAUUUUAGAAAUUUCACAUACUAUAAAACAUAAUUUGUUGGCAUACUAUUUAGUACGCUAGUACGGGUAUUCGGAAACGGCCACUCUAAUGCUCCAAAAUUCCCCAUUCGCAAUGAUGCACUCUAAGCACAAAAUCUCCUACGAUCAAUGUUCCCUCUAAAUCGCGCACUUCUUCCAGGACUGCGGCACAGAAGAAAUGCCAUGCUGCGCAGACACACAAGAUAUUGAAUUUCACUUAGUUCGCCCCAUUAGUUUGCACUACAUAAAUAAAUGUUUUUUGUGUGAAAAAUAAGCCAGUAGGCAGAGGGGUAGCCUACAUUGUCUAAUUCUCUGUAUGGGAAUAAUAAUAACUUUUAUUUUAUAAAAUGGUUUCUUGCAUCAUACAACACAACACAAUACAAUGCCGUUUACAGUCACCUAUUUGGCCCAUGGUGUUACAAACCAAGUAACAAGUAAUUAAUGUCAAACCCAAAUGUUUUUAAAGGUCUCAUGCAAUGUAGGCCUGCAUUGAACACCACAUAUAGGCUACUGUAAGCUAUAUCAUAGAAAUCAAAAGCUAUUUCCAUGUGAAAAUGUUAUGGAAUUUGCUCCAUUGGUUUUGUUGGUAGGCCUACAUUCUGCUCAAAUAGCCACAUUGGCUACUGUCUAAAACUAUAAGGGUACAGCCUCAGUGUUCACUGUAAACGCACGCCGGAAGUUGCACAGAAUUCUCACAAUGUUCAAGUUUCCGCUCACAAGACCUACAAUUUGCUCAGUGCCCCAAAAUUUUUUAGGGAACAUUGCCUAUAAUAUCUCUGUUUUGUCAGCCUUCAGAGAGUACCGGUAGUGGAGAACCAGGAGUGAUCUGUUAGUUGCAUCUGUUAGGUGCAGGAGGAGGAUCCCUGGGAUUGCAUUAUCAGCUGUUCAAAUGUCCUGCGCCAAUUUCAACAUACAGAAGAAAAAAAAAACAUGAAAUGUACAUCCUUGUAAAUACCUUGUAUUUUUCCCCCCCACCAAACCAAAUGCAGUUUUACUUUCAUUUAACAAAAUGAUUCUGCAAAAUGUUAAUGAUGCAAUUUUGUUGAUGUUGCAAUAGAUGCGUCUGCCUUUAUAAUCGUAUUCAAACAAGAGCAAUAGCACCAGGCGCUUUACAAAUGCAUGAUGAUGAUCUCUCUCUGAAUAGAAUCCGAACAGCCUCCCACAACCAUGUCUCAUAUUUGCAAAAGCAUGUUUGAACAGAUCAAGCAGAAUCCGUGGGAGUCUUUUUCCUUUACACCCACUAACCAGCGUCUUUAUUGAUAAUGCAUAAAACAUGAUCUCUUCCCAACCAGAGGAUGUUGUAACAGAUCCUUAAGGAGACUUUAUUGCGAUAUUAAACAUUAACAGUCAUACGGAUGAAUUAUUUAGCUAUGGGAUUUUAGCUACAUGGUUUAUGUAUCUAAAUUCAUACAGACGCUUCAUUUAGUCGUUUCCUCCUUUUCCAGGACACUUGUUCCGGGCGGCGGGCGAUCAACAUUUCAACAUGUCUACAGUCUCAAGUGCCUUUCCCGUCGUCAACCACCCAGCAUUUGGUCUGUACACUACCAGCUCAGGGCGCUCAGAGUUUGGAGGCCUGGGCUCCCUGGGGGUGUCUGCUGCCUUGGCUGCUCACUCCCAGCUAGGAGCCUUUCCAGGUAGGAGAGCCUUGACUACAAUCCAUUAUAAACUAGAUGGUAAUGAAUUGUACAAGCUAUAAAUGCAUCAGUAUCUCACAGUGAAUAACAUAUUGGCACCCUAUUCCCUAUAUAGUGCACUACUUUUGAGCAGACCAUAUGUAAUGUACUACUUUUGCCCAGGGACCAUAGGGCUCUGGUCAAAGGUAGUGCACUAUAAAGGGAAUAGAGUGUCAUUUGGGACACAAACACAAACACAAUCAUUUGAUCAGUUCAUUCUGCCUUCUGAGAGUUCCCAGAAUGUGUUGUUAUUAGGCCCAGCCAACUCCCACAGAGAGCCCAGCUAGCAUGCAUCACCUUUAUGGUAUCGUCCAUCAGUUCAAUAGGCAGCAUUCAGGACAUGACGUUUAUAGAUUGGGAAGGUUCACAGCACCACCUUGACCUCUGAGAAAACAAGAUUGGACCUAUCACACUUUUCGAGCUAAAUGUUUUUUGUGUUACAUUAUUUUUUUUUAUAUCACACUCAGAGGAAAAUGGUGUUGGUUAGCGUCCAGGAACUGUAUACAGUAUCCAGAGCAUGUGAAUAUGAAAUGUACCUUUUAGACAUUGUGACGUUCAUAACAAGAAUCACAAAUGAAUCAGGAGUAUGUAGUCAACUUCAUCAAGCACGAAGGGCUUAUUAAGAAAGGCUCAUCCUUUGUUUAAAAAUGGCCUUUUUGCCUUUAUCCAGAUUACAACUUCUCAUUUCCGACUAAUUGAAAAUACAAUUUUGUUUAAAGUAUCGCCUUUUCUUAAACAAGCCAUACAAAGUUGGUUACAAUUUCAUUUUUAUCCUCCAGAAAAGAUAGAACAAAUAUUACAACAAAUGUUAUGGUUAAACUCAAAUGUACUAAUUAAUUUAAAAAAACAUUCUUUAUGGAUAUUUUUUUUUUUUAUGUGUAUUAUAUUUAUUAAUGAUAUUAUGAAUAGAAACGAUGGAGUUAUGUCACAUAUGCAGCUAUCUAAAAUAUAUGGGAAUGUCUGCUCAAUCCAAACUUACAACCAACUGAUUGCAGCAUUACCACAAAAUUGGAGGAGGCAAGUGGAAAAGGGAGAAGGUAGGGAACUUGUUUGCCUGCCAUGUAUUAAAGAUACAAAUUGGCUGAAAGGAAUUGGCAUAAAUAGACAAAUAUACCAGUUUCAACCAUACAGGUAGCAAAAUAAAUGGGAAGAGAUUUUCGAUGUACCGAUUCCAUGGCACAUGGUUUAUGAACUGGUACAAAAAACAACACUUGAUUCAACACUUCAAGUUUUUCUAUUUAAAUUAUUAUUUAAAAUUCUUGCCACCAACAUAAUGUUGUAUGCCCCAUAUAUAUAUAUAUAUAUAUAUAUAUAUAUAUAUAUAUAUUUGUCCUCUGAAAAAAACUAACAUUUUGAAUUGCUUUUGCCAUUUUAAAGGGAAAGGGAGAAAGUUCCUGCGAGACUGUUUUUUCAGCUGUGAAAUAUCCAGCAUGUAUGAGCCUCAAAUGUGGAGCUAUCCUCUGGGAUUUACAAUUCUCAACAUGUUUACAAUUAAAUGGGCUGAAAUCAGUGAGCCAGUGGAAUGCACUGGUCAUCUGCUGAGAUCUGUUCAAAGAGAAACGGAAAGAUUGAACAGCCGAAACCCUGGCUGUCUGAAACAGUGUGUCAUCACUUAGAUGCAUAACAGUGAAAUCACUGGCAUGGAUUCUCAUGCAUUCUCUCUCCUCUCCCUCUACACCCAAGAAUGGUGGCGGGCAGCUGAGGCUCAGGGGCGUGGAGCUGCAGCCUUCUUUCCCCAUCUCCUGGGGCUCCCGCCCAUGUUCCUACCCCAACUCCAGCAGAGCCACGACCCCAGCCCCUUCCAGCCCCGCACCCCCAGCAAGAACGGACGAGCCACUGCCAAAGGUAGGCAGACAAAGACAGACAGGCGCACGCACGCACGCACACACACACACACACACACACACACACACACACACACACACACACACACACACACACACACACUCUUGCCAGAUGUUUUCCCUACUCUGCAAGCAAUUUAAUGAAGCAAGGAACAUUUCUGCAUAAAAGAGAAUGAUGUCCUUAUGGGCACAGGUACAACAUCAAAUAUGUUUAAUUGACCCUGGAGGCAAUACGAAGACAUGUAAAUGCAUAAAUCAGUUUGUAAGCAGGUGCCGGGUGUCUCACCAGUGAAUAUGUUAACCGGGAGAUCCUCUUGCUAAUAUAAUGAGAUUUUUCCUAUUAGUAAGUGCUUUGGCAAGUUCUGAUAACUCAUCAUUUUAGAGAACUGUCUUUCACCUUGUUUUCCUCUUCAUGCUCACUGUACUAAAAUGGUUGUUCCUGAUUCAUAGUUGUGGUAUCUAACUAUGUUUCCUCAUGGUCUAAGGAGUGAAUGAAGCUGUGAAUGGCAGCAGUAUCUCCACUCUGUCUGAGAGCAGCUUCAGCACAACCACCACUACGUUCUCAACACAGGGGAACACGGAGAAACAGAAAGCCACCAACGGAAGCGUCAGAAGCCGCAAGAGCCACCAGGACAUGACCCAAGUGAAGGAGAAGAGCGUUCAGAAAACUAAAGAGAAGGUUAGUAGGAUCACCAAACACAUAUCUGGCAACUAAUAAAAUGGCUUACCCAGGAAAAACUAGUCCAAAAAGGACUAGUUUGUGGUAAACAUAUCUGGAAACGUUAAUGUCCCACAAGGAUGGAUGCGAUCUAGACAAACAUUGACAUCUGAGAUGUGUGCUGUUUGCUAUGGUAUUCUUUUACCCUAUUGACUGGAAUGACUCCAUCACUGUUCCCUGUUAUAGAAACUCAGCAAGAAACCAGUGGAGGCGUCCAGCAACAGUGACAGCGAAUCAGGGUCUUCCUCGGAUAUCUCCAGCGACGGGGUGAACAGCAGUGACUCAGACGACCUAGACGAGGAGGAGGAGGAUGAUGAUGAUGAAGAUCAGAGCAACGACAGCGAUGAUUCUGACUCUGAGAAGGAGAGCCGUGUAAUGAGGAAGAUUAAGGUGUGUUUCAGAUUUCAGGCGCUUGUCUAGUUUAACUGUCCGGGUCGAAUUGUUAGAACUCAGUAGCCAUAUAUCUGGACUCAUGCAUACACUAUUUUAACAUGACAUGUCUAUGGUUUGUCUAUGGUUUGUCUUUUGAAAAUGUUAUACUUUCCUCUUUGUUCCAAGCACACUGUGAUGCUCUCAAUGAAUGUUAAUCUCAGUUAAAUGUCAAGGGCAGCUCCACUGGUGGGUGGCGCACUGGGCGCCCAACCGCGUUGCCCGUCAGGGCUGCCAUUGUGGGCUGGGUUGAGUCAGAGCUGACAUGGAACUGUCCUCCCCCUCCUCUCUCCUCCACCUCCUCUUCUCACUCUCAGAGCCUGACACAGACCACUGCCAACAGCAAGAAGAAGAGACCCCGCGCUGCUGAAGGCGAGAAGGAGAGGGAUGCUCAGGACAGCCGGAGUGGUCUGCUUCAGAAACAUCCAGACAAGGCCUUUCUCCAUUCCCUCCACUACCCGCUCCAACCCUCACUCCAGCCCCCAGCGCUGUCCCAGUCCACGUCCCUAGUCUUCCAGAGCUACAGGAGCAGAGAAGAAGAAAUCAAGCAGCACACCAGUGUGAUCCAGGCUACGGGGCUGGCCAGUACUAAACCCUUGGCUCUGGUCAAACCACGCAGGGAGGCCUCAUCCUCUCCUCAACCCACCAGACCCUUCUCCCUCUCUUCAUCUCCCAAGCCCAUCUCCCUCUGCUCCUCCCCCAAGCCCUUGUCUCUCUCCUCCUCACCCAAGCCUCCCUCUCUGGCUUCGUCCCCCAAACCACCCACCCUAUCGCCCUCACACAAACCCAAAUCUCAGACGGGCUCCCCCAAACCCCCCACCCUGUCUGACAGUAUGAAGUCGGGAAGCAGAAACUUCCUGGAUGAAACCUUGUUACACAUCAACAACUUUAAAUUGAAACAGGUGAGUCUUGCUGUAUGCAAAUGAUUUGCCUUUUCAUUGUUUUGUACAUGUGUGUAAUGGUCUGUUUUCCACUCAUUAAAAGAAGACUAUUCGAUUUAAGUCUUUCUCCAAAGUAAUAUUGAUAACAAACUUUUUUUUACCAAGAAUUUCGGAUAUGGAUAUGUAGUAUCUCCCAUUUCUUCUUGACUAUCAUUGUUUCUGAUUUGCAAAAGGUCAGCUUCCUCUCUACAGAAAAUUAAAUGUCUAAGCACUGUUAUCAGCAGUUGGAUUGCGUUUCAUGCCGGCUCCCCCUGUACAUGACCGAAAGUGACAAUGAAGUUAGUUAGCUUUAUUGGAAAUACUUCACUAAAGCUGACACGCAAUUAACUCAGUAAUGCUUUAGGAAGCCCGUUGUUAUCAAAAGGGAAAAAUCUGCCUUUUUCCAAGGAUUCAAUUAUUAUUGUUAAUCUGAACAGUGGUGAUAGCAUGUCAAUCUAUAACAAGACCUUUGGAACGGGAUUUUAGUACAGCCGGAGUUUAGUAGAGGUAUCUCCAAAAAGGAAGUUGAUUGCUAAGCCUAGAAAACGGCACUAAACAGAAAAAAUUGCCAAAGAUUGUGCCAAACAGUUUUUUAAUUAUUUGUGUACCUUGUUCGACACCGACUUGUUUUAAUAUACUUUAAUGGGAGAGACCCUCUUCUUCAUUGUCAUUCUCAUGAGCAAUUACAAGUGCAUUUCUUAUUAUUACAUUUUCCAUUCACAAUCUGCAUUAAUGCAAAUGACUGACAGCUCGUAUAAUUACUUCCAUUCUCUUCUUCCCCUCUUCCCUCUCUCCUUUAGCCCUUCCUCUCCCAGGAGCACUUCAAACAGGCCUUCCCUCUGCCACUGAUGCAUCAGGACCUGUUCAAGAGCCAGAAGAAAAAGAAAAUGGCCGCCUCAUCAUCCUCCUCCUCAUUAGCACCGCCCAAACUGUCUUCAGAGACCCCGAGCAGUCACGGGCUCCCUUCUCCACACACCAACCACUCCAACCUGUUCCUGGCCUCCUCCCUCCUGGGCCCCCACCCCAAUGGGGUGAUCCACAGCACGGUGCAGGAGGCCCCCUUGGCCCUCAUCACCAAGCCUCGCAGCAGCAGUCAGAGCAGGAGCACCAUCAACAAUCCUCUCCUGGCUGCCACCAGCCCACCCUUCUCUAUGCCUGUCAACCUGAGCACUGGACACAAGGAGCACAGCUCUGGAGCCCUAGGCUGGGCCUCUACCUCACCGGGCCUGGCCCACAGAGAUGGGAAGAGCAAGGCCCAGCAUAAGGCUCUCCACACGGGGAAGGGUGUCUCCCAGUCCCAGACCCACCUGGUGCAGUCCCUGGUGGAAUUGUUCCGGGACACAGAGUCGGACAUUCCCAGCAGUAAGGACUCCGACGACUCCGUAGAGGAUGAGGACGAUGAACAUGAUGAUGACGACGAAGAUGAUGACGACGAUGAGGAGGAUUCUGACGACAGCCUAUCAGGUUAGUCAGUUCAGCACGUUAAUGUGAUGCACUUCUGAAACAGCACUUACAUCUGGUAUGACUUUAAAUGCUUCAUCGCCACUUUAGAUACAGAUUCAGCAGAUACUUUAAAGAGGUUCCUUCAAGAGGCCUGUGAUUAUCAGUGUGGUUGAAUGUGAACUGAAUGUUAAUUGGAGAAUGACUUAUCAAGUCCUCCACUCCCACUGGUGUCCCCUGCAGAGUCUGAGAGUAAUCUGGAGAGCGACUCGGACUGCUCUGAGGACGACGUGAAGGACCGCGACGAGACCACCACGGACACGGAGGCAGAGAGGACCCCUCUGAAGCGCACCAAAGGCUCCUCUUCUCUACUCAACACCACCUCCUCCAGCCUCUCAGCCAGCUGCUCCCCUCUCAACCUCCAGGUCAUCAAGGCAUCCAGUGGCCUGCCCACCCCAGCCAUAGUGACCAGCUCUGGGGCCUUGGCCUACCACAGCACCCCCUCUUCCUCAUACACUCUCUGCUCCACUCCACCAGGUACCAAUGGAACUCUCAGCUCAUCUUUGCUCUCUAACCCAUGGCUCUCCAAUCCUGUUCCUGGAGAGUUACCCUCCUGUAGGUUUUCGCUCCAACCCCAGUUGUAACUAACCUGAUUCAGCUUAUCAACCAGCUAAUUAUUAGAAUCGGGUGCGCUAGAUUAGGGUUGAAGCGCAAACCUACAGGACGGUAUCUGUCCAGGAACAGGGUUGGAGAGCCCUGCUAAAACCAGUGCACUACUCUCAUGGCUGCGUCCCAAAUGGCACCCUAUUCCCUAUAUAGUGCUAUUUGGGACAUGGUGGUGGGCCUUGAGGCUGUUUGUUGGCAGUCCAGACUGUUAUCUCCUUCUUCCAUUUGCUUAGUCAGAUCACUCAGUUCAGUCCAGCAGGAAAACAUUGUUCAGCGAGUCUCUCGAUGCAAAAUGACGUCUCUGGUCAAAAGUGUUUGUGUCAUUGUUUUGAUGACCCAGAGCAGGCCCUUUGAGUCUAUUGAUUACCCUGGCUGGCAUAUGUUUAACCUGUUAGCAGCUGAAGCACUUGGCUGGCUCAGACCUCAUGAUUACUGCAGUCUGAGUCUCUUUUUCCUAAUAGCUGCAUGUUGGAAUCUUUUUGUUGUUGUUGUAGUUCCACUCCCAUAUAAUCAUUCUUAGCUCUAUUCCUUGAUAUCGGCUUUGACAUGGUCAAUUUGACAAGGUAUUGUAUUGCUAAUCCUGUGUUGAUGUGUCAUUUCUAAAAGCAACAGUGGUUAAAAGGACCCUAUGGUUUUGCCUGUUUCUUUGAAUAAAACAACUGAACAUAACAGGCUGAAAUGUUCUUAAGGUACCCUUGUCUGGUGGGUGGAGUUUUCAAGCCAUUGUUUUCCCCUGGGCAACUGAAUUGACUAGGCCACCUCUGGCCAACGCGACAGGGUUUCUGCAUUUGCUCAGGUCACAGUGGAUCUGUCCGACCGUUCUAAUGAGUCCACUCUUUCUCCCAGGAACAGGGAAGAGAAGGAGAGUGACAGAUGAGAGAGAGCUGCGGACACCUCUAGAGUUUGGGUAAGAUAUGCACCAUACAUACAUACAUACACCACUCAGAAUGUCACUGGAAUGUGACAAAUACAAUUUGAUUUGAUAAUGCAUAGUGCAGUUAAUGUAAAAAAGUUGAAUAAUAAUCUAACUGAAACCGAACCGACAUCAAAAAGCACUAAUCGCUCAGCACUACCCACUGUACAGUACCUGCAUCCUUAUUCCCUAUAUAGUGCACUACUUUUGACCAGAGCCUCCAUUUGGGACGUAGACAUUUAGCUACCCUAGUACUAUAAUAUGAUGGUGUGGUGAUUUCCUCUGUCCCUCAAACAGUAUGGGUGGUGAUGACUAAAAGGGGUUUAAAGGAGCCAAGUCAUAGUGGAUACAUCCCAAUGAUCCCAAUCAGUGAGGUUCCUUUUUCCAGAGCAGUGAUGAUACAUCGUCAACAACAGAGUGGCUAGACGAAAAACAGUAAACAACACAAAAUCCCUCCUUCCCUCCCUUCAUCCUUCCCUCCCUAUUCAUCCUUCCCUCCCUUCAUCCUUCCCUCCCUUCAUCCUUCCCUCCCGCUAUCCCUCCUCCAUCCUUCCCGCUAUCCCUCCUCCAUCCUUCCCUCUAUCCCUCCUCCCUUAAACUCUCCCCUCCUCAAACUUUCCAUCCCUCUCUCUUUCCCUCUAUCCUUCCAUCCCUUUUCUCUAGCCCUCCCUCCCUCGCUCCCUCAGUUGGCCCCUCCAAAGCCCAGGCCUGACAGUAAGCAGAGUGGCCAGGAAAUGAGGCGCUGCAGCAGUGAUGGUCAGGGGUUAACCACAUCCAGUCUCAACAGACACGCAACAUUAGCAGCUCCAGCACCGUCCCACCGCCCCCCACAAACCCAGCAAUGCUGCACUCAGAUCAGGGUGUCUUUCAUCUCCCACGGAUGUUUCUCAUCAGCAGGUUCAAAGAGGAAAGCGAGGCGACAAGCCUUAUAUAUCAGUCCCCUGCUCUGCUCUGCUUAAGACCCAGGGUGCAUCCCAAAUGCCACCCUAUUCCCUGUAUAGUGCACUACUUUUGACCAGAGUCCUAUGGGUUAGUGUACCAUGUAGGGAAUAUGGUGCCAUUUGGGACGCAAUCCUCAGGCCGUUUCUGUUAGGAGUCCAGAUGCACUGAUGGAAGUGUCGUGUGGUGUGGUGUUCCUCUUGGCAGCUGUCCAUCCAGGAGAGUCUGAUUACUGCUGGAGUCAUACAGGGCUCACAGGGCAGCCAGGCCACUUACACAGCUGUAAACAGCUCAUUUAGAUCGCUGACCUCGUCAACAUCAGGAUCUAGCUGUCUGCUGAAGGAUUGGCAGCUCGGAGAAGAGCGUGUAACAAUUCUAGCUGACUAAGUGUUGUGUAAAAGAAAAAAGAUGGUGUAAGACUGUAGCACAAAACAACUUAAAGUUUCCACCCAUGUACCUUGAUAUACAAUAUAGACAAUACAAUUCAUGCUGCACUUGUGUAGUCCUUCUACUUUGACUGCUUGAAACAUUACAAAAUGAUACAUGACUGCAAUAUAUUUGUACUGCACUGUAUCGCUCUGACCAAUAGUGUGAAUGGGAUUGUGUUCCUGUACGUGAGUCACUUGUAACUUCCCUCCAUCCUAGGUGGCAGAGAGAGACGCGUAUCUGUAAUGUGGCGGGCCGUCUGCAGGGAGAUGUGGCGUACUACGCCCCGUGUGGGAAGAAGCUCCGGCAGUACCCCGACGUGAUGAAGGUAAGAUCAUACCUCACAGGUCACUAGCAUUGGCAUUAGCAUCCUCUCUUCUAUAUAUCGCUCUCAUAUUAAUCCUAAUAGAUUUGAAGCUAAUGUUAAUGAUUGAGUUUUUUGAAUUGUCUCCAGAUUUUGAUCAAGAAAUACAUAAUUUACACCCAAACCAAUAAUGUUGCUGUUAUUAACUUAAUCUUUGCCUUAACACUGAUCUUUUGUCUCACCAAAGCCUCAUUAUGUUCUUCUUUGUAGUAUCUGUCCAGAAAUGGAAUAAGUGACAUCACACGCGAUAAUUUUAGCUUCAGUGCAAAAAUAAGGGUUGGUGACUUCUAUGAAGCCAGAGAAGGACCCCAGGUGACUGUCCUCUCUUUAUUGACCGUUUUCUCCCUCCCACAGAGCAGAGUCAUCCGUAGCCUAAAGUACUGUAUAUCAUUGUGUUAAUAUUACAUUCACAUGAAAAGUUAUAUUGCUCUAUUGUAAUAUGAAGGCCAGGUGCAUAUAGUUAAAGGGAUAGUUCACUCAAAAACGCUAUUUUAAGAUGGAGCACUUUCAGUACAUAGAAAAGAAUGUGAUGAUGAUGUGUCUUUCUACAUUUAACAACAAUAACCAGUGAAUAAGAAGAACUCCAUGAUGUCUAAUUGAUUCAUACUUAAAGGCAGCAAUCACAUAGAUAUAUGUAUUUAAGCUUGACGUUCAUAUUUUUUGUCAUGAGGGAUGUUUGUUUAUACUGUAUCAAGUAUAGUUAUACCUCAGUGUAAGUAAAUUGAAGGUUCUAACUGGCUGUCCCUCGUUCUUCUCUCCUGCCUAUAAGGGAUUGCAGUGGAGCUUGUUGACCGAGGAGGAGGUGAUUCCUCGUAUCCUGGCCAUGAAGGGGAGGCGUGGGCAUCCCCCUAACCCUGAGCACCAGAGGACAGGUGAUGAGGGCCCCCGGUCCAGGCGCAGGAAGGGCCGACUUCCUAAUGUUGGCGAGGCCGACUUCCCAGGCGCCACCGAUGCCAAACUUCUACGCAAACUGGAAGCUCAAGGUGGGUUCAGUUCUCGCAAGCAUCACUGAGGUACACUACGUGACCAAAAGUAUGUGAACACCUGCUCGUCAAACAUCUCAUUCCAUGGGCAUUAAUAUGGAGUUGGUCCCCCUUUGCUGCUAGAACAGCCUACACUCUUCUGGGAAGGCUUUCCACUAGAUGUUGGGACAUUGCUGCAGGGACUUCCUUCCAUUCAGCCACAAGAACAUUAGUGAGGUCGGGCACUGAUGUUGGGCGAUUUGACCUGGCUAGCAGUCGGCGUUCCAAUUCAUCCCAAAGGUGUUCGAUGGGGUUGAGGUCAGGGCUCUAUGCAUGCCAGUCAAGUUCUUUCACACCGAUCUCGACAAACGAUUUCUGUAUGGACCUCGCUUUGUGCACAGGGGCAUUGUCAUGCUGAAACAGGAAAGGGCCUUCCUCAAACUAUUGCCAUAAAGUUGGAAGCACAGAAUCGUCUAGAAUGUCACUGUAUGCUGUAGCGUUAAGAUGUCCCUUCACUGGAACUAAGGGGGCUAGCCAAAACCAUGAAAAACAGCCCCAGACCAUUAGCGUUUUCCUGGCAUCCGCCAAACCCAGAUUUGUCUGUCGGACUGCUCGAUGGUGAAGCGGGAGUCAUCAUUCCAGAGAACGCAUUUCCACUGCUCCAGAGUCCAAUGGCGGUGAGCUUUACACCACUCCAGCCGACGCUUGGCAUUGCGCAUGGUGAUCUUAGGCUUAUGUGCGGCUGCUCAGCCAUGGAAACCCAUUUCAUUAAGCUCCCAACGAACAGUUCUUGUGCUGACGUUGCUUCCAGAGUUUGGAACUCUGUAGUUAGAGCUAUGCCCUUCAGCAUUCGGCAGUCACGUUCUGUGAGCUUGUGUGGCCUACCACUAAACGGCUGAGCCGUUGUUGCUCCUAGACGUUUCCACUUCACAAUAACAGCACUUAGGUAGGUGAACUGUUGCUAUUUUUAACCAUUUAAUGUGGCUGAAGGUACAAACAUGGAGAGCAAAUCAAGUGCACUAUAGGCCUACCGCUGGCCAAUCGAAUGGCUCAGAUUACCGUGUCUGCAGUAAUGUAGCAGGCAUAAAAAAAAGCUACAGCAAAGUUGAUACUGUGAGAUUUCAAAACGUUUAAAACUAUGACUAGAGAGAGACUGUCAACGAAUACAGCAAAGAACUGCUGUUUUUGAGUGAGUUCAUGUUUAAGUUCUUACUCAGCACUGUCAACACUUUGUAUUCAACACUUUUAUAAGCCAUAAAAUGAGCGUUCUUCCUAUUUCCAAGCACUGCAGCAGUAAUGAAUGAAUAGGAAAGUGUAUCGAUAGGUUUGCGUUGUUAUUAUUAGCGGCUUGGGUCUUUUUUAAUAUCGAGGAAUAUUUCACUUUCUCUGUUCAUAGGAGUAACAACAUCAAUUUGUGCAUGAGGCAGAAGUAAUGCGGUGCGACUCGAGUUUCGCCACCAGCUGGAAGACGGUGCCCCUUUUUGGUCAGUGUCCGUUGAGGAAAGGGAGAGCGGAGGGAUGUUGAGAGGUAGACCCUCAGUCUGCCACUCUCUCCCGCCGCUGAGACUGACCAUCAGAUGCAGGCACCAUCAGCCCAGUAAAAUAAAAUAAAAAGCUAAUUAUUUAAAUGUAUGCUCACUCAGCUGUGCCUCACAAGUAAUGCAACAACGGAUCUAUUACCGGUGUGAUCAUAUAGCCUACCUCAAAUGUUGAAAUAUAAUUUUAAAAAUGACCCCAACAACAAUGCAUUGGCAGGGCAAUUCAAGCAAAGCCAGUAUGUGGUGAUAAUGUACUGGGCCUAUAGCUUACUGCACAAACCUCAUUGCUACGGUACUGUUUAAUUGGUAAAUGUUGAAUAGGCUUACGUUUUUUGAAUAAUGUUUAAAUAAAUCUGGGCAGUACAUCUCGGCUUGCAUUUUGAUUCAGAGUUUUCCCUGUUAACACUAUCAACCUUUCCCUUUACUGUGGCAAUUGUGAUAGAAUCAACGCAAUAUUAGCCACUUUCAAUGCAACAUACCGAAACAAAACGAACUAUGCAAGAGAUUUUGUCGUAGGCAGAACACAUCAGAGUGUGAUUCUAUUGCAUUGGCACGCACUACUCAGCCCGUACUCUACGCAGACCGGUGCAGCAUAAACAGUCAGAGCUGCAGUAGGCCUAUGUGCAAAUAGACCAUUGCCAUAUAUGGAUCUGUGCCAUUUACUUUGAACUGGAUUGUGUUUACAGCAUGAGCGGUCGUGAGUAGAUGUGCUUGUUUUGAGAUCAAAGCGAGAGCUGCAUGUAGCCACGUGUGCACAUUUAGUUCAUAUCCUUUACUAGUUAGUGAGUUAUUAACCCAGUUAUAGAUAAUUUGUAGUGAGCAAUAUGGGGGGAGUGAUUUGCUUCCUACAAGAGCACAAAACGUGUACAUUUCUAGACAUCUUUGAAAAGCGAGUCCAGUAAAGAGCUUUUUUUUGUCUUAAAGGGGUAGUGUUGUAUUUUGAGACAGGCUUGAAUAAGCUAAGUAGCCAAUAAGCAGAGGGUAGCAUGAUUUGUCUGAUUAUCUGUAUUAAUGGGAUGGGAAUAAUAAUGAAUUUUAUUUUGUAAAGUGGUUUCUAGCGUCAAACAACACAACAACAUUUUCAGUCACCUCCUUGUCUGAAGGACAAGGAGAUAAACAGGUUAAUGUCAAGCCCUGCAUGUUUUUUUUUUUUUUAUCUCAUGGAAUGUAGGCCUACAUUGAACACCACACAUUGGCUGCUACUGUAGGCUGAAUGAUAGAACAGCUAUUUCCAUGUUAAAAUGUUAUGGGAUGCAUUUUCUCCAUUGUUAUUGAUGGUAGGUCACUUUGGUAGGCCUCCAUUAUGAUCAAAUAGCCACAGUAGUCUACUUGGCCACUGUUAAAACUGUAAUUUAAAGCCGGUACAGCCUCAGUGUUCACAGUAAAUGCGCGCUGGAAGUUGCACAGAAUUUUCACAACGUUCAAGUUUGCACCCAGCAGACCUGAAAUUUGCUAAGUGCCCACAUUGUUUUAGGGAACAUUGGUGUCCACAUCAUUUUGUAUGUACAGUGCAUUCAGAAAGUAUUCAGACCCCUUGACUUUUUCCACAUUUUGUUAAGUUACAGCCUUAUUGUAAAAGGAAAGGGAGAGCGGAGGGAUGUUUUUUAUAUAUAUAUAUAUAUAUUUUAUUAUUUUUUUCUCAUCAAUCUACACACAAUUCCCCAUAAUGACAAAGCAAAAACAGGUUUUUAGAAUUUUUGACUGAAAUAUCAGAUUUACAUAAGUAUUCAGACCCUUUACUCAGUACUUAGUUGAAGCACCUUUGGCAGCGAUUACAGCCUCGAGUCUUCUUGGGUUUGACACUACAAACUUGGCACACCUGUAUUUGGGGAGUUUCUCCCAUUCUUCUCUGCAGAUCCUCUCAAGCUCUGUCAGGUUGGAUGGGGAGUGUCGCUGCACAGCUAUUUUCAGGUCUCUCCAGAGAUGUUCGAUAGGGUUCAAGUCCGGGCUCUGGGUGGGCCCCUCAAGGAGAUUCAGAGACUUGUCCCGAAGCCACUCCUGUGUUGUGUUGGCUGUGUGCUUAGGGUCAUUGUCCUGUUUGGAAGGUGAACCUUCGCCCCAGUCUAAUGUCCUCAGCGCUCUGGAGCAGGUUUUCAUCAAGGAUCUCUCUGUACUUUGCUCCGUUCAUCUGUGUCUCGAUCCUGACUAGUGUCCUAGUCCCUGCCGCUGAAAAACAUCCCCACAGCAUGAUGCUGCCACCACCAUGCUUCACUGUAGGGAUGGUGCCAGGUUUCCUCCAGACUUGACGCUUGGCAUUCAGGCCAAAGAGUUCAAUCUUGGUUUCAUCAGACCAGAGAGACCAUCUUGUUUCUCAUGUCAUCUUGGAGAAUGUCUGGGACAAACAGCAGAGAAUUGAAAUAGAGGCAAUAGAAACCCCACAAGUGUGCACAGCUGUGAUGAAGGUUCCUGGUGAGCAGAUUCAACAUGAGCUCAAUAGAAAGGGACUGCAGCUCGCAGACUUUCCAGGAGAUGACAAUGAUCCUGAACUCUCUGUCCUGAUAGGUGCAGACUACUACUGGCAGAUAGUAUCAGGCUGAGUGGUGUGACUGACCGAGACUCUGGUUGGUUUAGAGAGCACCUUUGGAUGGUCGGUGCAGGGACCAGUGUCCAUGUCAAGUGUCGCCGAGGCAACAUGCAUGUUCAUCCCACAUGAUGAAGACACACUAGUCUCCAAACAACUGCAUGCAUUCUGGGAGCUUGAGUCUCUGGGUAUCACAAGCAAGAAAACACAGAACCCAGAGGAAAACGAGGCUCUACAGAUGUUCGAGAGAACAACCACCUUCAAAGAUGGACGAUACCACGUGGAGUUGCCAUGGAAAUGAGAAAUGCCAGAACUCAAAGACAACUAUAGAAUCGCCAAGAAACGGUUUGAAGGUCUGAAGAAAAGACUGUGACGUUGUACAGCAGAUACAAUGAAGUAGUAGAGGAUAUGGCAGAGGACGUGCCCAAGGACAACGCAUCAAGCUCAGACAACGUGAAAUACUACUUACCUCACCAUGCAGUACUCCAAGAGGACAAGGUGACGACAAAACAGAGUGGUGUUUGAUACCUCGUCCCAUGAAGAUGGCAGUCCAUCCCUCAAUGACUGUUUACUCACAGGACCGAACCUGAAUCUGGAUCUGCUCAGCAUUCUGAUAAAGUUCAGACUACAUGAGAUUGCAUUCAUGGCAGACAUCAAGAAGGCUUUCCUGCAGAUAUCCCUAGCAGAGAGAGUCAGAGACGCCGUGAGAUUCCUCUGGCUCACAGGCCCACCAAGGAGAUAAAAUGAAGAGGAGCUGAGGAUGAACAGAGUGGUAUUUGGAGCUUCCCCAAGUCCAUUCUUGCUCGCAACUACAAUCAGGAAGCACCUGAAACAAUAUGAAAUAGAACAACCAGAAGUUGUAGAGACAUUGAGUCACUAUGUAGAUGACUUCACUGCAAGUUCACGCGAUGUUGAAGAGGCUUACUUUGUGACAACUGCAAAGUGAAUGCUGUCGACUGCAGGCAUGGACCUCUGCAAGUGGAUGACCAACUCUCCUGAACUGGAAACAAAAUGGGAGGAGAGCACGUCAACUGACCACCCGUUGGCACUAGAAACACAAGGAGUAGUGCUGAAAGUUUUAGGUUUUGUGUGGAGACCGGGAACAGAUUACUUUGUUUGACCUCAGGCCGCUACUGAGCAUUGUAAAGCAAAAGGUAAGCACAAAGAGAAGUGUCAGAGUGACCUGUCAGAGUGACCAUCGUGUUUUUGGUAACCUCCCUGACCAAGGCCCUUCUCCCCCAAUUGCUCAGUUUGGCCGGGCGGCCAGCUCUAGGAAGAGUCUUGGUGGUUCCAAACUUCUUCCAUUUAAGAAUGAUGGAGGCCACUGUGUUCUUGGGGACCUUCAAUGCUGCAGAAAGUUUUUGGUACCCUUCCUCAGAUCUGUGCCUCGACACAAUCCUGUCUCGGAGCUCUACGGACAAUUCCUUUGACCUCAUGGCUUGGUUUUUGCUCUGACAUGCACUGUCAACUGUAUAUAGACAGGUGUGUUCCUUUCCAAAUCAUGUCCAAUCAAUUGAAUUUACCACAGGUGGACUCCAAUCAAGUUGUAGAAACAUCUCAAGGAUGAUCAAUGGAAACAGGAUGCACCUGAGCUCAAUUUCAAGUCUCAUAGCAAAAGGUCUGAAUACUUAUGUAAAUAAGGUAUUUCUGUUUUUUUAUUUUUAAUAAAUUUGCCAACAUUUCUAAAAACCUAUUUUCACUUUGUCAUUAUGGGGUAUUGUGUGUAGAUUGAGGAACAUUUUUAUUUAAUCAAUUUUAGAAUAAGGCUGUAACGUAACAAAAUGUGGAAAAAGCCAAGGGGUCUAAAUACUGUAUAGUGUAUCUUUAAAGCUUCUGUAACCAAUAAAAAUCUCUCUUCUGUUGCAGAGGUAGCUCGACAAGCAGCCCAGAUCAAAAUGAUAAAGAAACUUGAAAAGCAGGCCAUGGCACUAGCAGCCAAGGAGGCCAGGAAACAACAAGGUACAGUAAGCUAGUGUUGUUGUUCUGUGAAAGCUGCUCUUGUGACAAUGCCAUCCUGUUCUCCACCAUAACAAAGUUUUUCCAGUACAACCCUCACAGUACAACCGUAAUCUCAAUGUUUUCUUUCUUUCUCUCUGUUUCUCUUUCUGUCUCUGUCUUUCUUUGUUUUUCUCUCUCUUGCUUUCUCUCUCGCUUUCUCUCUCUCUCUCUCUCUCUUUUUCUCUCUCCCUCUCUCAGCAAUCAUGGCUGCUGAGGAGAAGCGGAAACAGAAGGAGCAAGUGAAGAUUGUAAAGCAGCAGGUAGGGUGUUGCCUACAGCACGAUCAUUGUGUCAUGUACAAAAGCUCACCACUCGGAUGCAUCUGUUCACAAGUUGUGUUUUUGAUUGGACGGCUCCAAGGUGAAAAGAUCCCAAGCAGAGUUAAAUGCUUUGAAAUCUUCUCUGAAGGGAAGAUGCUAACCUUCAAGAUGCUACAUUCACUUAAUCUUCAUUAGGGUUACUAAAUUCCGGGAACUUUCAAUAAAUUCUCUGGCUUUCCCCAAAUCCCUGUUGGAGGUUUCCCGGAAUCAGGUGAGAACAAGCAGGAAAUCCAGAAUCCUUCAACCAGGAAUUCUGGAAAACCAGUGGGGGAUUUAUUGAAAAUUCAUGGAAUUUUGCAACCCUAAUCUCCAUUAGAACUACGUAUACAGGCCCCCUGUUCUAACAUGCAUGGCUGUAGAUUGAAUUAAUUUUACCCCCCCCCCCCCCCCCCCCCCCCCACCAGGAGAAGAUCAAGCGAAUUCAGCAAAUUCAAAUGGAGAAGGAGCUCAGAGUGCAGCAGAUUCUCGAGGUGAGUUAUUGCAGAAACAUUCCGAAACACUUCCUUUUUGCAGUUGGUAGGACUUUUUCUAAAUCAACCAACGGCUAUUUCAAAAUUAUGUGGUUGCACCUUUUCGGUUCUGUCUCUUGACUACAUGUGACUAACGCUUAAUUGGUUUUUCACAAAGGACCAUUGAAUAUUAAAAUCUCCUCAGACCGUGAUGGGAUUCGACACAAAAUACCAUCUCUCAGACAAUAGUCGCUAACAGUUUAGCACAAGGAGGUGAAAAAACUAUUUUCCAUGAACAGCGCUAAUAGAAGCUCCAAAGUGUUUUAGCAUUACUAAAUCAAAUUUCAGUUGACAUGGUUGGCAAGCCGCUCUUAACAGGAUUCCUCUACGCUUGUAAUUACAUAUUGAAAUUUGGCUUAAUUUAUUCCGACUGGCUACUGGUAUUUUGUAACAACUACAACUAGUUUGUCUUUUUAGUGUUAAUGGGAGGAAAUAAUUAUCUCAUUGCACAAGAUUGCAAUAUUUUAUGCUUGACAUUGCCAGUAAGUCCCUGCUGCAAGUGGGACUAGUCUCAUUCAAUAUUAUCCUCUCUCUCUCUGCUCUGAAUUGAACAGUUCUAUCUAUGUUGCACAUAUGGCUAUUUAAUAGGGUGUUUACUGUUAGAUAGUGUAGUCACUAGAACCAAAAUAUGUAUUUUGCCCUGCAUGUUUAUUUGUGAAAAUUGUCUUGAUUUUAGUUAAUCAAACAAUGUUAGCCCUCCCACCUGACAGAAAUUUAAUAUUUGCUUCUAGUAGGAACUAGUGAUAAAAGCCUAAUCUUACACGAGCAUAAAUGGAUUUGUCUGUGUAUUUCUGUACUGCCUAUCGGCAUAUAGUACUGUCCAUGUGCUGUUGAAUGAAGUGUUGAAUCUGUCGAGGUUGUUCUGUUGCAUGACCUGUAGACCUGUUUUGCAUGCGCAGACUAAAAGGAAAAGGAAGGAAGAAGCGGCAAAUGCCAAAAUAAUGGAGGCUGAAAAACGAAUCAAGGUUAGUUUAGAUGUCCUGUUAAAAUAAUCAACCAUUAAUUUGUGGCCCACUCCACCUCCCACUGUUGCCUCAAGCCAUACAACCCCUCUCCUGUCGAUUCCCAAUCUCCUACUUGCACCUCAUUGCGUCAUUUAGGUGAAUGUAAAGCAAUGCUCAUCGCUCCAAGGGAAUGCUUCUCUGUGUUUAGGGAAAUCUCCUUGUCACGCAGAGCAGACCUUUUCCAUGUUAAUCAGUGUCAUAAAGGACAUUACAUUCUGUCUCUGCUUCCUGCACGUCUUGAAAAAAGAAACUAUGGCAUUUCCAUUUCACAUUAGUUACAACCUGCCCGGGCUCUUUGCCUGUCUUUCAAUCAGAUUAGUGAGGGAUUUGAACUUCCUGUGGAAUGAAGUAGAGAAACCUUAUCCGUUUGUGUCGGCUGCUUUUUUUUAGAUGAUGGAAAUGAGGGGUAUGUUUGGAUUGUAAUGUCGUUUAUCUUUUUCCCCUUGAAGGAGAAGGAGAUGAGGAGGCAGCAAGCAGUCAUUUUGAAGCACCAGGUAUGUAUCUCUCUCCUGCACCACAUGAUGCCCAAAGCCCAUUUUCACUUUCAGUUCUACUGGAAUCUUUUUGGAAAAGGGUUCUUUUUGAUAUAACUACUUGACAAAUUCCCUGUCCAAUUCUCCAUGUCGCUUUGUUAAUUUCAGUUUUGAUGACCCUCGCUUGUCACUCUUCUUGGGGUGGGGGGGUUCUUCUUAUAUGAACUUGGUUUUUAAUGAGUGAUUUCUGUUUCAUAAUACUUUGCCAACUCUUUCUCCCAGGAGUUGGAGAGGCAUAGACUAGAUAUGGUAUGGGUAUGUUUAUUCUUGCACAUCUAACACCGCAUCGUGAUAUUGGUUGUGAUAUGGUUGUCAAAGCAAUGCAUAAAGUGUAGCACUGGCUGCCAUCAUACUACAUUCUUCUGCAUGGCUUUCGAGCAAAGUGCAUUGCGUACGUACGUCUUGCGCUAUUUGUUCUUGUGCAAGACAAAAACCGAUAUCUGCGCAAAUAGACAAGAACUUCUUGACUCAUUCAGACUACAUUAAGGGGAGCAAUGCACUCUAUCAUGGUCCUAAAGAUGUGACAUCCAUUGCCUUGUUUUGUUGUCGAGUGAAUGUAAGUGCUUGAAAUCCAGGUGUAAAAGUCAAUGUAGAGUAUGUUGCAGUUGUCCAUUUUACCACCUGACAAAUCAGACCCGUCCAUCGCCGGCUUUUCUCCUGCUUGUUGACAUCAGUUUAAAUCACCAACCUCACAGAAACAUUUUCAUUCAUCGUUUUGUUGAUGUGUUUCUUGUUCCAUAUUUGAGAUUUGAUUUCUGCUUUUGUACACAAACCUAGUUACCAUAAGUUACAAUAGGCUAAAGACAGGCAAUGAUAGCAUUGCUUUAAACCCAUGCCAUACUAAAUAUAAAUUAGGAGUGCCCUCAGUACAUGCCUAAGAUAAAUUCCUUACUACAAGGCCUCAAUCUCCAAUUGAAUCCAUGAAUGUAUUUGUGAGAGGUAACUUGCUUUUCUGUAGUAUUAUCUUAUUUGCAUUCUGAUAUAAGAAGGUAUUUUGUUUGCUUUUCUCCAGUGAAUAGAGAAUGAAACUGUAGCAGCUUUUAGCUUAACUUUAUAACACAGCAUAAUAUGACAUUGCCUGUUUAAUUCUUAGAUGCUGUUGUAGAAUUAGCACUUCAGUUUGCUUAUUGCCGGCAUAUUCAGACGCAUUCAAGCCGACUCUAACUUCAAGCUUACACUUUGUGUUGACACUGCCCUCAUACCUGAUGCUUUGCCCUUUUAGAUAGUUGGUUGUCAUUAUUUUAUUGACCUCUGAACCUACGCUAUAAUGUUCACAACGAUGGCCAUACUUCUGUUUGUCGUCGUUUGUUUGUCCUACUAUACUGUAUGUGUCAUACUAAGCUGUUGUUUGAUGUCUAUAUGAAGUGGCCUGUCUGUGUUGAGCUGUGUUAAGUGUGGCUGUGUGUGCUCUGUCAGGAGAGGGAGAGGCGGAGGCAGCACAUGAUGCUGACGAAGACCAUGGACGCCCGUAAGAAAGCGGAGGUGCGUGAUUCACAACUCCUCCUCCUUGAAACUGUUACAGCAGGCUUCUGGCUAUUGCCUCCUCUCCUCAGUUCCUCCUCCUCUUAUUUUUUUAAAAACGAUAUGGCUUGUGAAUAAAAGAGGGAAUCGGGCCCCAAGCAAUUUUCUGUGAAAGUGCGGCAAUUUAUAAGCAAGGAAGGCCUAGUGUUGGGCUGAAUUGCAAUGACAUAAUCCUUAACACGAUUGUCUGCAACGGUGCAUGCACUGUUAACUUGGUCUGUAAUUUGGAACGUAGGAGCGGGAGCGCUUGAAGCAGGAGAAGAAGAAUGAGAAACGGUUAAAAAAGGAGCGGAAAUUGGAGCUUAGAAGACUGGAAAUGGAAAUUGCCAAGGAGCUGAAGAAGCCAAAUGAAGACAUGUGCUUAGCAGAUCACAAGGUAUUCACUAUUCAUAGGAGCUACUAGUGGAAAUGUAUAAAGGGAGAGCUAUGAGCCUUCUAUAUCUAUGGCUAUGAGUGUGCCAUCACUCAUAGAUUAGUUCUCCAACCGCAUUUCUAUUAGACGUUCUCUUUGAUAUCCAACCUAGAAAUCGUUAAUACUGGCCACAUUUAAUCACUGAUCUGUUUCUUUGCCUGUUACCUAUUUAAUCAAUAUGAUUAGAGUGUUUUUAAAUGACACCAGUGCUUUAUUGUCUAAUGAUAACAUCUUCCAUAUUGGAAUAAAUGGAAGUGACCAUGGUGCUUGCCUACGGAGAUGUGAGGGGAACGGCACCUCCGUACCUUCAGGCUCUGAUCAGUCCCUACACCCAAACGAGGGCAUUGCGUUCAUCCACCUCUGGCCUGCUGGCUCCCCUACCUCUGCGGAAGCAUAGUUCCCGCUCAGCUCAGUCAAAACUGUUCGCUGCUCUGGCACCCCAAUGGUGGAACAAGCUCCCUCACGACGCCAGGACAGCGGAGUCACUCACCACCUUCCGGAGACAUUUGAAACCCCACCUCUUUAAGGAAUAGGAUAAAGGAUAAAGUAGGAUAAAGUAAUCCUUCUACCCCAACCCCCCAACCCCCCCCCCCCCCCCCCAAAAAAAAAACAAAAAAAACAACAACAUUGUAAAGUGGUUAUCCCACUGGCUAUAAGGUGAAUGCACCUAUUUGUAAGUCGCUCUGGAUAAGAGUGUCUGCUAAAUGACGUAAAUGUAAAUGUAAAGUGAAGUAAACACAGGUACAGGUUAGAGUACUGCCAUCAAGUGGCUGCUCCUAGCACAACACUGACCAGAGGAUUUCUGAGAGCUGCUUUCUCAUGAUUUCCACCAGACAGAGCAUUGAGCCCCUGGAUAACCAGUUCACAGAUCACACAUCACAUCAACCCUGUCUCCAUACGGCUCUCACUAAACCUCACUGCAUACGGGUCAAGCUCAGUUUGUCCUACUUGAAUCUGCAGCUAUCUCUCAAGAUUUUGCUCUUACACUGCAUUAGGAACCUUGAAAUUAUAACAAGUGCACAGCACACUACUGUAGUUACAUGCUGUAGUAAGUUAUUGUAGCAAGUAUGUGUAACUGAAUGUCCUCCCUCCGUUCCCAGCCUCUCCCGGAGUUAUCCCGUAUUCCGGGCCUGGUUCUACCAGGAAGCAGCUUCUCCGACUGUCUGAUGGUGAUGCAGUUCCUGCGGAGCUUUGGGAAGGUGCUGGGCUUUGACGUGGACGCCCACAUACCCAACCUGAGCGUGCUGCAGGAGGGCCUGCUCAACCUGGGAGACAGCAUGGGACAGGUCCAGGACCUGCUGGUGCGCCUGCUCUCAGCUGUGGUGUGUGACCCUGGACUGCCCCCAGGACACCGGGUGAGGGACUUUACAGUUUAGAACUACACACAUGUAAACACACUCAUCGCGCUCACACUCAUCACACACUCAUAAUUACUAAAAGGCAUACAUACAAUCUGAUGAAUGAUUGCAGCCACGUAUAUUCGCACUUUUCCACAUGCUCACACACCCAUACUAUCAGCAGUUGUACAGUAUAUUCUGAUCUGCCUUCAUAUAAUGUACUGUAUGCACUAUCCACAGCUUAGAGGGCUGCACUCGCAGCACUGCAGAGCUAAAGACGAGAUGCCCCUACUGUAAUCAGAACACACAAGUGGGGCAUUAUCAAUAUCUCUGGCUCUGUGAGGCUAAAUGAAGGGGCUUAUCUGUUUUGGAGGGUAUCAGUGUUUAUAGCUCUUAAUACAGCUUCCACAGUUAUACCCCCACAUGUAUAAUUCAUCCCCAAAGCAUUUUCUCUCCAUGCUAAUCUACAGGGCUUAGUCACACUUUUAUGUGGCUUUCCAUUAUUUCUUCAAGGAACCCAGUAGACUGUCGCCUAUUAUGGAGCCUCAGUCGACGUUGAGGGAAAAUGUAUCCCUGAAAAGAGAAGAAUGUAGUCCCCUCUAACUGUCCUCCUGUGCUGUGGGCUGGUCUAGUGGUAGUGCUGCUGCCUCCGGACUACGUUAUGCCCCUAAAGGCAGCGGUUCGAUCCCCUGUUCCGCCACUAAUUUUCUCUCCUGCAUCCUUCUCCUCUAUCUACAUCUCUCUCCUAAACACGUCAAUGAAACUUGAAAAUGUCUUAAACAGUAUAUGGGUCACACUUCAUUUGGUUAGUCCCAUAUAGAUGCUCUACCGAUGGUCAUACUAUCAACAAACUGUUUGUUGAUAAGCAACUGCUUGCUAAGGUUACGGUUAGGUUUAGGAUAAGGGUGAGGGUGAUGGCUAGAGUUAUGAACAUCUUCUGAACAUCUACAAACCAUCUUCUUGGGACUAUCCAAAUAAAGUGUUACCAAUAUAUGUCCCUCUCCGCCCCACCAGACGAAGACGGCCCUGGGGGACCACCUGAGUAACGUGGGCAUCAACCGGGACAACGUGUCGGAGGUGCUGCAGAUCUACAUGGAGGCUCACUGUGGGGGGACGGAGCUGCAGACUGAUCUGGGGGAGGUCACGGCCAGUCUGAAGACCAAGGCCUUCCAGGCCCACACGGCCACACAGAAGGCCUCGGUCCUGGCCUUCCUGGUCAACGAGCUGUCCUGCAGUAAGAGUGUUGUCAGGUAAGAGAGGACACUGAACUCUAGUCACAGCAGCUCUGCUAUCUAGAUCACAACACUGCUAAGUUGAACUAUUUAGACAAAUGAUGUCAAGUUAAGUGCUUUAGGCUUGCAUGUGGGAAACUACUUUGUUAAUAUUUGAUGUUGUUCAGUGUCCAUACAAAAAAUUAUUAAGGGCUCUAUUCAAUCUGUAAAGCUGAAGCGUUACAGAUUCCGCAAUAGAAAUGUAAAGGUAGUUUCCGACUGAGCCGACAUAUGCAGCAUUUACCGUGAAUGCAGUCUCCGCUAAAGCAUUGCCUUUAAAUGUAAAUCACGCGAUGUGGAUUGAAUAUAGCCCAAUGUUAUUCUGAGCACAGAUUUGUUUUGCUGAUUGAUGCCUGUAUCACUCAUCUUUGAGCAUAAAGCGGGUUUUGCAGGACAUAGUACUGUUUUAUUAAUUGGGACUUGCAUUUAUUGUGUUCUACCUCUAAUAUCAAAAGAAAGAGUUGUGUUGUCAUGGAGCGUUUCAUUGGGUUGCAUGAGGUAGAUUAUGUGACAACUGGCAAUGCUUUAAAAUACAAUCUUGUUGCUCAAGUAAAAUUGUGCAACUAAAACCUUACUUCACCUUUUUUGCAUUGUUUAACAAAGUCGAUCUAUCUAAAAUUGGUGCUUCGUGCUUUUUUACAGUGAGAUCGACAAGAACAUCGAUCACAUGACCAACCUGCGACGGGACAAGUGGGUCAUCGAGGGCACACUUCGCAAGUGAGCACCUGAGCCAUCUCAAGGAGCACUCAGGAGAAGGCUGUGUGGACAUGCAUUAAUAGACCUGUAUUACCUAAUGGGUGUUCAGUGAAAAAUGAAAGAUAUCAUAACAGAAUUUGCUGUUGUCCCUCCAAUUUGUUAUUUUGUAUUGUGACAGACUUGUUUGAAAUUCCACUUCAAAUAAAUGUGGAUUUGAUUGGAAUGUUUUGAAUGUUUAAGCUUUUCAAAUGUUUUUAUAUAGUAGAGUAGAUACUAAAGCUUAGGAAAACAUUUGGCACUCUUAUCCUCCUGCUGAUUGUCUUGUUCCAGGCUGAGGACCAUCCAUGCAAAGAAGACGGGGAAGAGGGACAGCAGUGUGGGGGGAGAGGAAACCCAGUCCCUUGGUACACCCACCCCAGGACGCAAACGCAAGAGGAAAGGAGGGGACAGCGAGGAGGACGAGGAUGAUGACGAGGACAGCGAGGACCAGGGGGAUGAAGACGAUGAGGAGGAGGAGGAGGAGGAGCGAGGGAAGAAAGGGAAGAAAGUGGAGGAUGAGGUCAGUGAGGAAAUUGUCACCUUUCCACAGGAUCUAGCCACUGAACCAAAUGACAAUGGAUUUGUCCCAAAUGGCAACCUAUUCACUUUAGUGCACUACUUUUUACCAGAGCCCUAGUCAAAAGUAGUGCACUACAUAGUGAAUAGGAUGUCAUUUGGGACACAACCUUAGUCAUUGUUUGUCUAUUGUAAAUGUCAGCCACUCCUCUAGUGUCAAAUGAAUGUGAUCUUUCCAUCUAGUAUGAUGGAGACCAGACAGCCAGUGUAGAGGAGCUGGAGAAACAGAUCGACAAAUUAACCAAGGUAAAGGGAUUUUGAUACCCAAUGGGAUCAGAGGGAGUUUUUUAUGAGGGUCAGUUUCCGGGCAGAAAAGACCUCAGCCUUGAUACCAUUUGUGUUUUCUCUCUAGCAACAGAGUCAGAUCAGACGGAAGCUGUUUGAGUCGUCCCACUCGUUGCGCUCCAUGAUGUUCGGCCAGGACCGCUACAAGCGCCGUUACUGGGUGCUGCCACAGUGUGGGGGCAUCUUUGUGGAGGGUAUGGAGAGUGGCGAAGGUGAGACUUAAAACACUGACAUGACAUACAGGCACCACACUUGUUUCUACUUACUUUAUCAACUUACUAUUGGGAUAUUAUAGUUCAUUUGGCUAACCCAAUUCAGCUUCUUCUUCUUGUGACAUGGCUUCAGAUCGGUCUAUAUAUGAUACACGUGAAUUUGGGUAUCUCACUUUCUAUAACUGUGGUUAAUAAUAUUACUAUAUUUUCCAGGAGCAGAGGAGCUGGAGAAGGAGAGAGAGAGACUGAGGAGCACAGAGCUGGUCCAGGUGAAGGAGGAGGAGGUGGAAAGGAGGCCACAGGAGGUGAAGGGGAGGCUAGGGGCGUCCACCCUGGAGGGUAGCAGUGACAGGCACACCGACACACCAGACAAACACACCCUCAACCUCUUCCUCCAGAAGCCUGGUUCCUUCUCCAAACUCAGCAAACUCCUGGACGUGGCCAAGAUGUCCCCGGACUCAGACAACCACCCUCACAGUCUGAGCUGUAAUCCAGCCAAAUUCCCCACCACAGUAUCCUCCCCUAUCCGCCCCACCACUCAGACUACACUACCCAGCAACCCCUGUGCAGCUCCCUCUCCGCUGUGUUCAGAGGUGAAAGCAGAGCUUUCCACAGCUCUCCUCAGCCCGCGCUACCUCAGCAGCGGCCCAGGGAAGAAGUCCUCCAGCCCCCAGCAGCAGCAGCUCCAGCCCAAUGACCAGCUAUUCAGGGUGCUGACGGAGAAGAGCUGCCACUGGUUCAGCCUGCUGCCCCGCUCCCCGUGUGACGAGUCGUCUGUCACCACCAGCUCCACCACCACCCCCCCAGCCUCCUCCUCCCUGUCCCCUCAUCCCCUAGCCUCCACCUCAGCCAGCCCCAGCAACCCCGCCACCGGGAUCAAUAACUUCCCUUUUUCAGCUCUCCAGGUAGAGGCCCUGCACCAUAUCUCCAUCUCUGAUCCUCUAGGAUUAUUGUUAACAUGGUGUAAGCAUAUUGCUAAUGACAGGCAUACCAGGCAGGCUUUUGAUGUUGUCCCAUAUCAAAAGUACUGAUUUCCCGGACACAUGAGUGCCUGUCCUGGACUCAAAAGCAUGGAGCAUCUCCAUUUUUAAAAUGCUUUUUAGUCCUGGAUUAGGCUUAAUCUGUCUCUAGGAAACGACCCCCUUAUGUUCAUGUCUGAUUUUAUUCUUUAGCAAUGUUCCUUUUUAUUAUAGCUUUAUUUAUGGACGGUAUUUGUGCUAGUUGUCAGUGAACCAAGAUCUGCUACAUAACAUUCACACUCCUCACCACUGUCUGUGCAAUUCUCUGGUUCAUGAACUCCUCCAAGCAGGUGAAGUCUGGUGUCCAUAUGAUGGGUCUGCCAUUCUGUGGAUGGCCCGGUGGCAUGAUGAUCCCCACCCUGCCCUUCUCAACCAGUCCACUGCCCCCCUCCAUGCUGGGCGCUGCCUACCACCAUGUGGAGGGUAAUGGCAACCCCUUCCUGGCAGCAGCCAGCCUCUCCAGCAGCAAGAUUGAGUCCCCAGUGCCCCCUGGAGAGAAGCCCCCCUCUGCCCCGUCCCCUGUGGUGGAGGUGGCCAAGACCCAGGACUACCCCGACCCACUGCCCAUCCCAGAGGGUAAGCAUGGCACACUGCCACCCGCUGAUAGGAAAGAUGGGAGAUGACACAACACAUUCAGGAUUUUAAGUGGCUGCCAAUAAUUUUCAUUAUGUGUUGUCAUGGAUUUUAUUUACAGAAGUCUUAUUAACUUACGUGUGUGUGUGUUGCAGAAAUGCUAUCAGGCUGGUGGAGAGUGGCAGACAUGGAGGAGUUGAGGAGCCUGGUCAAGGCCUUACACAGCAGAGGUAUCAGAGAGCGGGCCCUGCAGAAACAGAUCCAGAAACACAUGGAGUACAUUGCACAGGCCUGCGCCAAAAACAGAGAUGGUGAGUGGUUUAGACUAGGGUUAACACAUAGAAUUCUCAAAUGACACCCAAUUCCUUAUAAAGUGCACUACUUUUGACCAGGGCCCAUAGGGAAUAGGGUGAUACAGUGCACUAUAAAGGGAAUAGAGUGCCAUUUCAAAAUGAGUCCUUAUAGAUGUCCAAAGUAUCUUGUGACUCUUUAAAUCUGACCUUUAAUGAUGUGGUAGCAUGCAUGACCUUGGUUUUAAAAUUAUACUGAAAUGUCAACACACUGCAGGGAGAGAGUGGACUGUUCAGAUGCAUCAUUCAGAGCUAACAUGAUCUUUACCACCAUUCCUUAGGUUCACAAUCACUUACAGCAUGUUGGCGUGAUUGAAUGAUGCUGUCUGACGGCUUUGAAUUCUGUAACUUCGAUGCCAAAUAUAUUCUAAACUGAAGAUUGUCUGCAUGCAUCUCUACAGAGCUAAGAAGGGGAGCCCGCCGCCCCAAUACAAAUGGCAGGGGAAACACUGCAUCCCUAUAUUAGAAAAUAUCCUUCUCAAACUUCACAGUACAUACUAAGAUACAAUAACUGUAGUAAACUUGGUUUUAGAAAACAAUGUGUUUUGGGGGGGUCUUGAGUUGAUCCCUAUUAACCUGUCUCUGUCUCUGUCUCUCUCGCUCUCUGUCUCUCUCAUUCUCUGUCUCUCUCUGUCUCUGUCUCUCUCUCUGUCUCUCUCCCUGUCUCUCUCUCUCUGUCUCUCUCGCUCUCUCUCUUUCUCUCUCUCUCUCUCUCUCUGUGUCUCUGUCUCUCUCUCUCUGGGUCUCUGUCUCUCUCUGUGGAUCUCCCUUUCCCUCCCUCUCUUUCCCUCCCUCCCUCCUUCCCUCCCUCUCUUCAGCGGCGGUGAUAGACAAGUCCAAGCUGGAGGAGAACGGGAUGGGCGAGGAGACAGUGGAGAGCUGGUGUGUGGAGGAGCAGGCCAUGGAGAUGGACAUCGCUGUGCUGCAGCAGGUGGAGGAGCUGGAGAGGAAGGUCACUUCGGCCAGCCUGCAGGUCAAGGUACAGUACAUCCUUUUAUAGCACUGUAUCCAUGUGGUAUGUAGUGGAGAAGGAAUCUAUCUGCAAUGACGAAAGACUACGCUGAAUAAAGUGUUCCUUCCUUCAGCACGCACACACAAACUACUGUUGUUUUUCACUUCCUAUUUCCUCCCAGGGUUGGAUGUAUCCUGAGCCCCAGUCAGAGAGAGAGGAACUGGUCUACCAUGAACACAAGCCCUUCACUAAGCUGCUUCUAGCAGGAGAGGAGCAGCCUGCAGGGGAGAAGGAGGCCAACGGCGGCUGCAGCCUGGUGCGGCGCGUGAACAACCCCCUAGAUAUAGCUGUAACACGGCUAGCCGAGCUGGAGAGGAACAUCGAGCGAAGGUACCCGAAGAGCCCCUUAAGUACCACCAUUCAGGUCAAACUGGAUAAUGUGCUGGGUACAUUCACUGUCCCUGCUCCCACACCAUCUAGUAGUGAAGAAGUAAUCUAGUAGUAAUGGUGAAGGGUAGGUUCAUCCAGAUUCCCAUUUGAACACUUCGUUGGGCUUCCCUCUGCUUCACUGGAGCCUAUUUUGUUAUUUCGCUGUCUUGCCUGUUUCUCUCUCCCUCCUCUCUUUUGCUGAUGUGUGCGUUGUGGUUUUGCUUCGUUUGUGAUGUCCCUUAAUGUAGGUGGUUGUAUCUGUCUCUUUGGAAGCCAGUCUUUACUGUAGCUCUGCAUCACACUGGUAACCGUGGUUCUAUGUCAACUCAUUGACUCACCACGGCAGCCUGAAUGUACAGUUGAAGUCGGAAGUUUACAUACAGUGAGGGGAAAAAAGUAUUUGAUCCCCUGCUGAUUUUGUACGUUUGCCCACUGACAAAGAAAUGAUCAGUCUAUAAUUUUAAUGGUAGGUUUAUUUGAACAGUGAGAGACAGAAUAACAAAACAAAAAUCCAGAAAAAUGCAUGUCACAAAUGUUAUAAAUUGAUUUGCAUUUUAAUGAGGGAAAUAAGUAUUUGACCCCUCUCAAUCAGAAAGAUUUCUGGCUCCCAUGUGUCUUUUAUACAGGUAACGAGCUGAGAUUAGGAGCACACUCUUAAAGGGAAUGCUCCUAAUCUCAGCUUGUUACCUGUAUAAAAGACACCUGUCCACAGAAGCAAUCAAUCAAUCAGAUUCCAAACUCUCCACCAUGGCCAAGACCAAAGAGCUCUCCAAGGAUGUCAGGGACAAGAUUGUAAACCUACACAAGGCUGGAAUGGGCUACAAGACCAUCGCCAAGCAGCUUGGUGAGAAGGUGACAACAGUUGGUGCGAUUAUUCGCAAAUGGAAGAAACACAAAAUAACUGUCAAUCUCCCUCGGCCUGGGGUUCCAUGCAAGAUCUCACCUUGUGGAGUUGCAAUGAUCAUGAGAACGGUGAGGAAUCAGCCCAGAACUACACGGGAGGAUCUUGUCAAUGAUCUCAAGGCAGCUGGGACCAUAGUCACCAAGAAAACAAUUGGUAACACACUACGCCGUGAAGGACUGAAAUCCUGCAGCGCCCGCAAGGUCCCCCUGCUAAAGAAAGCACAUAUACAUGCCCGUCUGAAGUUUGCCAAUGAACAUCUGAAUGAUUAAGAGGAGAACUGGGUGAAAGUGGUGUGGUCAGAUGAGACCAAAAAGGAGCUCUUUGGCAUCAACUCAACUCGCCGUGUUUGGAGGAGGAGGAAUGCUGCCUAUGAUCCCAAGAACACCAUCCCCACCGUCAAACAUGGAGGUGGAAACAUUAUGCUUUGGGGGUGUUUUUCUGCUAAGGGGACAGGACAACUUCACCUCAUCAAAGGGACGAUGGACGGGGCAAUGUACCGUCAAAUCUAUGGUGAGAACCUCCUUCCCUCAGCCAGGGCAUUGAAAAUGGGUCGUGGAUGGGUAUUCCAGCAUGACAAUGACCCAAAACACACGGCCAAGGCAACAAAGGAGUGGCUCAAGAAGAAGCACAUUAAGGUCCUGGAGUGGCCUAGCCAGUCCCCAGACCUUAAUCCCAUAGAAAAUCUGUGAAGGGAGCUGAAGUCAACCUUAAUGACUUGAAACCUUAAUGACUUGGAGAAGAUCUGCAAAGAGGAGUGGGACAAAAUCCCUCCUGAGAUGUGUGCAAACCUGGUGGCCAACUACAAGAAACGUCUGACCUCUGUGAUUGCCAACAAGGGUUUUGCCACCAAGUACUAAGUCAUGUUUUGCAGAGGGGUCAAAUACUUAUUUCCCUCAUUAAAAUUCAAAUCAAUUUAUAACAUUUUUGACAUGCGUUUUUCUGGAUUUUUCUGUUGUUAUUCUGUCUCUCACUGUUCAAAUAAACCUACGAUUAAAAUGAUACACUGAUCAUGUCUUUGUCAGUGGGAAAACGUACAAAAUCAGCAGGGGAUCAAAUACUUUUUUCCCUCACUGUACACCUUAGCCAAAUACAUUUAAACUCAGUUUUUCAUAAUUCCUGACAUUUAAUCCUAGUAAAAAUUCCCUGUCUUAGGUCAGUUAGGAUCACCACUUUAUUUUAAGAAAUUGAAAUGUCAGAAUUAUAGUAGAGUGAUUUAUUUAAGCUUUUAUGUAUUUCAUCACAUUCCCAGUGGGUCAGAAGUUGACAUACACUCAAUUAGUAUUUGGUAGCAUUGCCUUUAAAUUGGUUAACUUGGGUCAAACGUUUCGGGUAGAAUUCCACAAGCUUCCCACAAUAAAUUGGGUGAAUUUUGGCCCAUUCCUCCUGACAGUGCUGGUGUAACUGAGUCAGGUUUGUAGGCCUCCUUGCUCGCACACGCUUUUUCAGUUCUGCCCACAAAUGUUCUAUAGGAUUGAGGUCAGGGCUUUGUGAUGGCCACUCUAAUACCUUGACUUUGUUGUCCUUAAGCCAUUUUGCCACAACUUUGGAAGUAUGCUUGGGGUCAUUGUCCAUUUGGAAGACCCAUUUGCGACCAAGCUUUAACUUCCUGACUGAUGUCUUGAGAGGUUGCUUCAAUAUAUCCACAUAAUUUUCCUUCCACUUAUGAUGCCAUUUAUUUUGUGAAGUGCACCAGACCCUCCUGCAGCAAAGCACCCCCACAGCAUGAUGCUGCCACCACCGUGCUUCACGGUUGGGAUGGGGUUAUUCGGCUUGCAAGGCCCCCCACCCCCUCCUUUCCUCCAAAAAUAACGAUGGUCAUUAUCAGACCAGAGGACAUUUCUCCAAAAAGUACGAUCUUUGUCCCCAUGUGCAGUUGCAAACCGUAGUCUGGCUUUUUUAUGGUGGUUUUGGAGCAGUGGCUUCUUCCUUGCUGAGCUGCCUUUUAGGUUAUGUUGAUAUAGGACUCGUUUUACUGUGGAUAUAGAUACUUUUGUACCUGUUUCCUCCAGCAUCUUCACAAGGUCCUUUGCUGUUAUUCUGGGAUUGAUUUGCACUUUUCGCACCGAAGUACGUUCAUCUCUAGGAGACAGAACGCGUCUCCUUCCUGAGCGGUAUGAUGGCUGCAUGGUCCCAUGGUGUUUAUGCUUGCGUACUAUUGUUUGUACAAAUGAACGUGGUACCUUCAGGCAUUUGGAAAUUGCUCCCAAGGAUGAACCAGACUUGUGGAGGUCUACAAUUGUUUUUCUGAGGUCUUGGCUAAUUUCUUUUGAUUUUCCCAUGAUGUCAAGCAAAGAGGCACUGAGUUUGAAGGUAGGCCUUGAAAUACAUCCACAUGUACACCUCCAAUUGACUCAAAUUAUGUCAAUUAGCCUAUCAGAAGCUUCUAAAGCCAUUACAUAAUUUUCUGGAAUUUUACAAGCUGUUUAACGACACAGUCAACUUAGUGUAUGUAAACUUCUGACCCACUGGAAUUGUGAUACAGUGAAAUAAUCUGUCUGUAAACAAUUGUUGGAAAAAUUACUUGUGUCAUGCACAAAAUAUAUGUCCUAACUGACUUGCCAAAACUAUAGUUUGUUAACAAGAAAUUUGUGGAGUGGAUGAAAAACGAGUUUAAAUGACUCCAACCUAAGUGUAUGUAAACUUUCGACUUCAACUGUAUCUAUGAGUGAUAUUGUUACCUACAAGGUUAUACCAUGACAUUUUAAAGACUUCCUUUAAUUAAACAAACAUUUGAAUGUAGUUUUUAUAACUGUGUGUUGAGCUACGGCUGCGCAUUUAGCCCUACAGUCUGAGCUGACAUCGGUAUGCUAUUUUCCCCACUUCAAAUAGCAAUUACAGGUGCACACCUAAGAGUUUCCACAAGACCUGACACAAAUCAAUGGAAAACACUCACCAGAUAACAUUUUUGUAACAAUAUCGAUUCUAUAAUGGUGAAAAUCAGACUAGUCAUUUACCAGAUGCUCUUAUCCAGACCGACUUACAUGAGCAAUUAGGGUUAAGUGCCUUGCUCAAGGGCACAAUUAUAGAUUUUUCACCAAGUCUGCUCGGGGAUUCGAACCAGCGACCUUUCGGUUACUGGCCCAACGGUCUAAACCGCUAGGCUACCUGCCAACUUGCUUUAGCGAAAAACUACCGGAGAAAAACAGCCGGUCCGCUGUUUACCUCUGCCAUGUGCAUUUGCGUCAUUCUAAUUGGUCAAGAGAGAUGAGAGCUUUUUUUCGACUACCUGGAUAUUUGAACUAAUGUCAUGAUAUUAUUCUAAUAGUGAAAUAAUGUCAAAUGCCCAUCCCUACUAUGAAGCAGGUCAGUCACCUGGUCUGUGGAGUCUUGUACAGUAUCUCUUAACCAUGUCUACUUUGACCAAAACACUCUUCCACUCUCGUGGCUUUCUGUGCACUGCUGUUGGCAGUGUUUCUGAUUGUUCUAUGUGAUGUUGUGAGUGGCUGGUCCUCUGAUCACUUUGUCUGUCUACAUCCUCUCAGGGGGGAAGAGGAACUGGCCCCGGGCAUGAAGGCAUGGCGCAAGGCCAUGGGCGAGGUCCGCAGCGCCGCCCAACUGUCUCUCUGCAUCCAGCAGCUCCAGAAGUCCAUUGCCUGGGAGAGAUCCAUCAUGAAAGUGGUACGUGUUUAUUUGAAGUACAGUGCAUUUCGGAAAUGUAUUCAGACCCCAAGCUUUUGACUCUACAAACUUGUUGGGUGCAUUUUCUGUUUGUUUUGGUAGUGUUUCAGAUUAUUUUGUGCCCAAUAGAAAUGAAUGGUAAAUAAUGUAUUGUGUCAUUCUGGAGUCACUUUUAUUGUAAAUAAAAAUAGAAUGUAGAAGUGUUUAGAAACAUAUUAUAUUCUUAUUUACAAUAAAAGUAACUCCAAAAUGACACAAUACAUUAUUUACCAUACAUUUCUAUUAGGCAAAAAAUCUUCUGAAACACAACCAAAACAAAUUAAAGACAGUCUGCACUUUAACCUCAGUCAUUGUAUCAUUUCAAAUCCAAAGUGCUGGAGUACAGAGCCAAAACAACAAAUAAUGCGUCACUGUCCCAAUACUUCUGGAGCUCACUGUAUAAACAUAUACAGACAACAGACAGACGCACACAAACAAUGACAUCACACCUGCCCAGACCCACAUGUUCCCACCGCAUCUAUCUCCAGUACUUGUAAGACUAUGCCAUAUGGCUUUCAAAUUGAGCUAUUCUGUUUUUCUGUCGCCCACACCUUUUCAAUAUUUAAAUAAUAAUGCAUUUGAUUCUUCCACUGUCUUAACGAUGAUAAUUUGAUUUCCAGUUUAAGUAAAACAUUUUUCUAAAUGAUUGACGAGAAAAGUAUGGUCCAACCCAUUGGGUAUCUCACCGCACCCUCAUAUUAAUUAAAUUCAUCAAUGACAAGUGUGAUCCUCCGUAAAUGCGAAAUGCCUCCACUCAGCAUAUUUUGUGUCAUUCAGGCGAGCGGUCAAUCCCCCAAGAAUAAGAAGCCGCAGCAGAGCCGAGCGGGAGCAGCCGGGCGAGGAGGGAAGAGAACCACUGAGGUAAAACGGAGCAGGAAACCUUCAUCUGUAGCCAGCGGAGAGGUCUCUGAGGACGAUGCUGCCAGCACCAGCAGCAGCACGCCAAAGAAAGGGAGCAAAGAGCCCAAAAAGAGGAAGAGCCCAGGAGAGGGGAGCCCAGCUACCAACCAGUCCAAGCAAGACAGUAGUCCCAUCUGUGUGAAGAAGGCUAAGACGGCCACAUCAGCCAGAGACAAUGAAAAGGAUCUGAUGUUGUGCAGGUACAGAAUGACUGCGGUUGCACCAUUAUUAUAAUAAUAUAUUGACCCAGUAAGUGACAUACACUUACACUGGUCCCAGAUCUGUUUGAGUGCUUGCCAACUCCAUUGCGGUCAUUGUCAAGACAAACAUGUUUGGCAUGACAAUGAGUGACGGGGAGUUGGCAAUAGGGCUGUGUCGCAAUAUUUUUUCCAUGGCAAAAAUGAAAACCUGACGCAGAACUAAGUCUUUGGUCCUUUAAAAACCUGCUCUAUGUAAACUAUUGUGUGCAACAUUAGGGCUGUUUUCCUAAAGAAAUUAAAUCUGCUUUCUGUUUUGUUUCCUUGCCACGAUACUAACGAGUAUCGUGAUACUGUUAACGUCCCGGCCCCAGUUGCCAUGGUAUCAUAAACAGGCUGGUACUCAGGCUAACAUACACUAGCUGCUGUAGUAUGUAAUGCAUUUCCAUGCUGUACCAUAGUUAAUCUGAGGUUCAUCGAUUUGUUGACUCCUUGUUCUCUAUAGGGUGCUCCUGGUUGAGCUGGAGGGUCACCAGGAUGCCUGGCCCUUCCUGAACCCUGUCAACCCCAAAUCUGUCCCUGGCUACAAGAAAGUCAUCAGGAAACCCAUGGACUUCUACACUAUCCGAGAGAAGCUUGUCAACAGCCAGUACGUACCAUACAAUAUUAGUAUGAAAAAUGAUCUGCAUACAGUGUGUCUGAUACCUAUAUGAUUCUGUCUCAUAAAUGUCAUCAUUAAAUGUUAUGUGUCAAUUUACAGGUACUUGAACCUCGAGACGUUUAUAAUCGACGUCAACUUGGUGUUUGAUAACUGCGAAAGGUUUAAUGAAGACAAUUCGGACAUUGGGCGAGCCGGACAUAACAUGAGGAGUUUUUUUGAGAAGAGAUGGACUGAGCUGUUAAAACAAACCAAC